AUGGCCCCUUCGUUAGGCAUUGGACUCAUUGUGCAGUAUUUGGCCCAAUAUUAUGCUAAACUGAAAAAUUAUCCACCUGUAUUUCGCAAUUUUAAGGGUCACUGGAAUCUCGAAUUAAUUACAUUGUACAAAAUAUACGGCCCAGUAUACACUAUAUGGAUUGGACCAUGGCCAUUUGUAAUCAUAUGUGACUUAGACCUAGCCAAGGAGGCAUUUGCCAAGGUGGAUUUCUCCGGACGUCCCUCUUCUGAAUUAGGUGAAACAUUUGGCAACGCAGAAAUUGCCUUUAGCAAUUAUGGUAAAAUGUGGGAAACUCUACGCAAAGUGGGUCACAGUGCUAUGCGUAAAUAUGCCAAAUCCGAUGAAUUGCCAGAUUGCGUGAAUAACAAUGUCGGUGAAUUAGUAUCGGUUUUAAAAGAUAGUGUGGGCGUCGAUAAGCCAUUUAACCCUAAAGAUUAUUUAUUGGAAUUAUUCAUGAAUAUGCAACUUUCAAUAGCAUCUAGCCAACAAUGCAAAAUAAAUAAGGACCAAAUGGACAAGUUCAAAUACUGUUUCGACGGCUUUCAAUCUGACCUGGGUAACUGGCUAUUUCUAUACGAAUUUGUGCCCAUACUGCGCUACUUUAUGGCAAAUCCAUUGACAAAAUACAAACAAUAUUUCAACACAAUUAAAGACGUGUUAAAAGAUAUCUAUGAAAAACACGCCAAAACUUAUGAUAAGGAAAAUACAAAUAAUUUCUGCGAUUUACUUAUUACUGCUAAACACGAGGCCGAGACUCAGGCCAAGGGGUCAGCACAAUAUUUAACCGAUGACAAUUUGACCGCAACUAUCAUGGAUGUGAUAAUGCCCGGUUCGGAUUUAAACCACCAGUUUCAAUGGAUAUUACUAUUUGUGGCUUAUUAUCCGGAGGUUCAACGUAAACUGCGCCAAGAGAUUGCCAAUGAGCUUGAUGAUCGACCGGUUAUCACCGAGGACAAACACCAGUUAACAUGUUACAUUGAUAAUCACGCCAGUAUACCAGCUGGCACUAGCGUAGUUGUACAACAAUAUUCAAUUCUACUGGAUGAUAAAUACUGGGACAAGCCAGAUGAAUUUAACCCUGGUCGCUUUUUGGACAACGAGGGCAAACAAGUGGUGGUAAAACCGGCGGCGUUUAUACCCUUUGGUGUCGGCCGUCGACAGUGUAUUGGCGAACAGUUGGCCACAAACUCACUGUUUUUAACUUUGUUAACCACCGAUUAUAACAUAGCUAUCAGUAAUCCGACAAACGAAACACUAGACGCCGACCCAAUUAACCUUUGGUUACAGUUUCCCAAACAAUAUAACGUUUUAUAGUUGUGGACAAUGAAACUAAUCUAAUGCUUGAUGCUAUCGCAUCAAAAGCUCAAUUAUUCAACAAGGUGAUGAGCAAAUAUUUAAAACUACUCACAAUUCAAACUAAAACACGUGAUACAAAUAAACAAGCUAAAACAGGCAAAUCAUCAAUAAAGGAUUCAAUAAUAAGCAUGGCAGUUGAACGGCUAGAUCUAAUUGAGCAAAUCGCAC